AUGAAGUUCUCUACUGCCGCUCUGUCCCUUGCCGCUCUCGCCGCCACUGCUUCUGCGCAGCUUGACAUCCUCGUCCCCGGCGGUGACGACCUCUGGUGGCUCGUCGGAUCCGAUAACGUUGUGUCAUGGACCUGCACGACGAACACGAUCCCGCAGUUUACCGUGCUCGUCCAGAACAGCAACCCGAGCGUCCUCAACUCGCCCCUCGCGAUUAUUGCCCAGCAGAACAACUUCGACUGCUCCAAGCUCGUCACGAAGGACCUCGUUAACCUCCCUGUCGCCACCGGUUACCAGAUCCUCUUCGCCAACACCCUCAACAGCUCGGAUAUCUACGCCACAUCCAAGACGUUCGAGAUCAAGCCCGUCGCCUCUGGCUACCCCCCGGCCUCCGCGACGCCCACCGGCGUGUCGUCAGCGGUCGCGAGCAGCACCGGCACUGCGUCGGGCUCUGGAUCCACCCCCACUAGCUCCGCCAACUCCAAGAGCGGCGCGUUCGCCCUUACCGCCCCCGGCACUCUCGCCGCCGCGGCCUUCGCCGUCCUCGGCCUCUUCACCGCGUGA